AUGUCACCACCAGUUGGAGCGAUUCUGGCCUCUACGGUUACUGUAACGGCAUCGUUGAGCUUUAUUCCCGUCGCUGUAUACUUUGACCUUUUCUCGACACUGGUCAAGAUCGGGCGACCAGCUACUUCAAAACAGAUUACUGAUGCUCGGAACGAGGAGAGGAGUCAGGAAGACAAGGAACAAGCGCCGCUUUGCUAUCAAUUGACACAUGACGUUCUCUACGCCAUAUCGUCAAUAGGCCUCGUUGAUCUAGUUCAGGGCGACCUAUUCGAAGCGAACGACUAUACCCGGCACAUGGUUAGCAUGCCAUCAGCCCAACAUGGCGCUCUUCACUUCACAACUGAGCCAAUGUUUGCCGGCGCAUUCCUAAUGCGAAAAUUAAUCGACACGAAAUUCGAAUAUCCCUUCAAAGCGCUCGACACCCCGACUCAAUACGGCUACAAACUGCUCGGUCAAGAAGACCUUGCAAAAGAACACACAUACUCUAUCAUGGCGCAUCAAGGCCGAAUGGACAGCUUCAACCAGUUCAUGGUCGGCAAAUUUGGGAAGUUCGGUAAAAUGCCCGAGCGCGUCAAGUCAUUUGGUUAUGACCUGGAUCGAGCAGUUUCCGGAACGGAAAGCGAGAUUGUCUGUGUUGAUAUCGGAGGCGGGCGAGGCGAAAUGCUCCUCGAACUCAAGGAGGAGUAUCCUACGCUCUCAAAAUCGGCUUUGGUACUUCAAGAAUUCAAUCCGGAUAUUGGCAGUGUACCGGAAGUCACGCAGAUGGAAUGGAAUUUCGCAAGUGAUGCUCCGCAACCGGUCAAAGGGGCACUAAACUACUCGUUAACUCACAUCUUUCACAAUCUACCGGACCUCGACGCCCUGGAAUUGAUGCAAAAGGUGUCGCGAGCAAUGGCGCCGUAUUCGCGGUUGCUGAUUCAUGAAUUUACGAAGAACAAGAAUUAUGGCAAGAUACAUGCAACUAUGAUUACUUUGUAUGGCGGUAGAUUGCGAUCUAGCUCGGAGUGGAAGAGACUGGCAUCGUUGUGUGGGUUGAGGGUGACUUUUGAGGUAUAUCCAGAGGCAGGAGAGGGUUUGAUCGAGAUGAGAAAGGUGUAUUCUUAG